AUGCUACGUCAAAUCACAUACUCCACAACGCGCUUCGGUAUCUACGAAGAAUUGAAGUCGCGCGUUGCCUCACCUACCUCAGACCCGGCCGCCACACCAAGCCUUGUUACUCUCAUCGGCAUUGCCUCUGCCUCCGGAUUCAUUGGUGGCAUUGCAGGCAAUCCAGCUGAUGUAAUGAACGUCCGCAUGCAACACGAUGCAGCCCUCCCUCCCGCGCAGCGCCGCAACUACCGAAACGCAAUCCACGGACUUGUCCAGAUGACCCGGACAGAGGGAUUCAGUUCUCUUUUCCGCGGAGUGUGGCCUAACUCCACCCGCGCAAUCCUCAUGACUGCCUCGCAGCUCGCUUCUUACGAUACCUUCAAGCGCAUGUGUAUUGAGAAGGCCGGUAUGGCUGAUAAUCUGGGCACGCACUUCACGGCUUCGUUCAUGGCAGGCUUCGUCGCUACCACUGUUUGCAGUCCUGUGGAUGUGAUCAAGACUCGUAUCAUGACGGCUUCUCAUGCCGAGGGUGGUGGUCAAAGUAUCGUUGGCCUUUUGCGUGAUAUCUGCCGCAAAGAAGGCCUAGGAUGGACUUUCCGUGGUUGGGUGCCUAGCUUCAUCCGUCUUGGUCCCCAUACCAUUGCCACUUUCCUCUUCCUCGAGGAACACAAGAAGCUCUACCGCAAGCUGAAGGGCAUUUAA